GGAGGAGACAGAGGAGACCGGAGAAGGGGAAAGAGGCGGGGGACCGAGCGCCUCUUGCACUCUCACCCGCAAACGCUGCCCGAGAAUACCGCCUGCUCACGUCGUGCUGCGCGCUUUUCUGCUCCUUACGCUCCCCCCGCCCCCCGCAACAUUGUUCUCUCAGGACCCCUGGGUCCUCAGGGGUUGAAUUCGGGGACUGAGCCAGGGAGGGGAGAGACUUGGCUUUGCCAAGGGGUCGGAGGUUGGGGGCCGGACCGCCCUCUCGGGGUCCUCCUCCCCCACAGCACUUUUGGGGGUGUGGAUUAUCUCAUCCACGCAGGGAGGUAGGAGUGUGCGCCGGCCGCCGUCCUCCUCGUUUCCCAGCGGCGCCGGUCUGCGGCAGCCCCGCAGUAUGAGGAGGUGCUGGCAGCUCCCGGCGGUGGCACCGCCGCUGCGGUGGCGGCUACUAGGAGGACGCUGAAGGACCCCCCCCACCCCCCUCCGGGAGUGGCGCGGCGGACGCGCUUCUCCCCGGCGCGCCGGGCCUCCAGGCUUUUCUUCUCCAGCCGAGAGAACGCGGCUGUGAUACGGAGACCUUGUGUGAACAGUAAUGACCUCACGUUUCCGAUUGCCUGCUGGCAGAACCUACAAUGUACGAGCAUCAGAGUUGGCCCGAGACAGACAGCAUACAGAGGUGGUUUGCAACAUUCUUCUUCUGGAUAACAAUGUGCAAGCUUUCAAAGUUAACAAACAUGAUCAGGGGCAAGUUCUGUUGGAUAUAGUCUUCAAACAUCUUGAUUUGACUGAGCGUGACUAUUUUGGUUUACAGUUGGCUGAUGAUUCCACAGAUAACCCAAGGUGGCUGGAUCCAAACAAACCAAUAAGGAAGCAACUAAAGAGAGGAUCUCCUUACAAUUUGAACUUUAGAGUCAAGUUUUUUGUAAGUGACCCCAACAAGUUACAAGAAGAAUAUACAAGGUACCAGUAUUUUUUGCAAAUUAAACAAGAUAUACUUACUGGAAGAUUGCCCUGUCCUUAUAAUACUGCUGCCCUUUUGGCUUCAUUUGCUGUUCAGUCUGAACUUGGAGACUUCAGUCAGUCAGAAAAUUUGCCAGGCUACCUCUCAGAUUAUUCUUUCAUUCCUAAUCAACCUCAAGAUUUUGAAAACGAAAUUGCAAAAUUACAUCAGCAACAUACAGGCUUAUCUCCUGCAGAAGCAGAAUUUAAUUACCUGAACAAAGCACGUACGUUGGAACUCUAUGGAGUUGAAUUCCACUAUGCAAGGGAUCAAAGUAACAAUGAAAUUAUGAUUGGAGUAAUGUCAGGAGGAAUUCUGAUAUAUAAGAACAGGGUACGAAUGAAUACCUUUCCAUGGUUGAAGAUUGUAAAAAUUUCAUUUAAGUGCAAACAGUUUUUUAUUCAACUUAGAAAAGAAUUGCUUGAAUCUAGAGAAACCUUGUUGGGAUUUAAUAUGGUGAAUUACAGAGCAUGCAAAAAUUUGUGGAAAGCAUGUGUAGAACAUCACACAUUCUUCCGUUUGGACAGACCACUUCCACCUCAAAAGAAUUUUUUUGCACAUUACUUUACAUUAGGUUCAAAAUUCCGGUACUGUGGGAGAACUGAAGUGCAGUCAGUUCAGUAUGGCAAAGAAAAGGCAAAUAAAGACAGGGUUUUUGCAAGAUCUCCAAGUAAGCCCUUGGCACAGAAAUUAAUGGAUUGGGAAAUAGUAAGCAAAAAUUCAGUAUCUGAUGACAGGUUAGAAACACAGAGCCUUCCAUCACGAUCUCCACCUGGAACUCCUAAUCAUCGAAAUUCUACAUUCACACAAGAGGGAACCCGGUUACGACCAUCUUCAGUUGGUCAUUUGGUAGACCAUGUGGUUCACACUUCCCCAAGUGAAGUAUUUGUGAAUCACAGAUCUCCAUCUUCAACGCAAGCUAAUAGCAUCAUUUUGGAAUCAUCACCAUCACAAGAGGCCCCUGGAGAUGAGCAGCCUCCAGCUUUACCACCCAAACAAUCAAAGAAAAGCAGUUGGAACCAAAUUCAUUAUUCACAUUCUCAACAAGAUCUGGAAAACCAUAUUAAUGAAGCAUUUGAUGUUCUAUCUUCCCCUGAAAAAUCUACUCCUAAUGGUGGUAUUCCACACGAUAACCUUGUUCUAAUCAGAAUGAAGCCUGAUGAAAAUGGAAGAUUUGGAUUCAAUGUAAAGGGAGGAUAUGAUCAGAAGAUGCCUGUGAUUGUGUCCCGAGUAGCACCAGGAACACCUGCUGACCUCUGUGUCCCUCGAUUGAAUGAAGGGGACCAAGUUGUAUUGAUCAAUGGUCGGAACAUUGCAGAAUAUACCCACGAUCAGGUUGUCCUGUUUAUUAAAGCUAUCUGUGAGAGACAUUCUGGGGAACUCGUACUUCUCGUUCGACCGAAUGCUGUCUAUGAUGUAGUGGAAGAAAAGCUAGAAAAUGAGCCAGACUUCCAGUACAUUCCUGAGAAAACCCCACUAGAUAGUGUCCACGAGGAUGACCAUUCCCUGCGGGAGUCAAUGAUCCAGCUAGCUGAGGGGCUUAUCACUGGAACAAUCCUGACACAGUUUGAUCAACUAUAUCGGAAAAAACCUGGAAUGACAAUGUCUUGUGCCAAAUUACCUCAGAACAUUUCCAAAAAUAGAUACAGAGAUAUUUCACCUUAUGAUGCUACACGGGUCAUUUUAAAGGGAAAUGAAGACUACAUCAAUGCAAAUUAUAUAAAUAUGGAAAUUCCUUCUUCUAGCAUCAUAAAUCAGUAUAUUGCUUGUCAAGGGCCAUUACCACACACUUGUACAGAUUUUUGGCAGAUGACUUGGGAACAAGGCUCCUCCAUGGUGGUUAUGUUGACCACACAAGUUGAACGUGGCAGAGUGAAGUGUCACCAAUAUUGGCCAGAACCCACAGGAAGUUUAUCCUAUGGAUGCUACCAAGUCACUUGCCAUUCUGAAGAAGGAAACACUGCAUAUAUCUUCAGGAAGAUGACACUAUUUAACCAAGAGAAAAAUGAGAGUCGUCAACUCACUCAGAUCCAGUACAUAGCCUGGCCUGACCAUGGGGUCCCUGAUGAUUCAAGUGACUUUCUGGACUUUGUUUGUCAUGUACGAAAUAAGAGGGCUGGCAAGGAAGAGCCUAUUGUUGUUCAUUGCAGUGCUGGGAUUGGAAGAACUGGGGUUCUUAUUACUAUGGAAACAGCCAUGUGUCUCAUUGAAUGCAAUCAACCAGUUUAUCCACUAGACAUUGUCAGAACAAUGAGAGAUCAACGAGCCAUGAUGAUCCAAACACCUAGUCAGUACAGAUUUGUAUGUGAAGCUAUUUUGAAAGUUUAUGAAGAAGGAUUUGUUAAACCAUUAACGACAUCAUCAAAUAAAUAAGAAAACAAAAGUCCUGGAUAUGUGUUGGAAGACUGCUUUCCAUUACAUUCACUGUGCCAUAAUACUGCUUGCAGGAAAUGGCAUCUAAACAAAAAAAUGAUGAACUAACAAAAACUGAAAACUUCAGCACUGUUGCACUUUAUGUUUUAAAAAAGUCACUGUCUCAAAACCUAUAAUUCAUGUGUUUGAAGACUGUUUCAUGCUUUGCUCAGAACAUAUAGUGAAUAACUGACUAUGUUCAGGGUAAUUUAUGAAGUUUUGUGGUGGUGCCAUGCAGUCCCCUUUUGAUAGAAAGCCACAAACGAGGCUCAGAAUUCUCGUCAUCUCUGUUACACACCUGUAUUUUGAAAGCAAAAAGAAGUAAACAUCAGGAGUUAGCUCUGGUGUUUUCAGUGAUUCAUGUACUUACUAUACUGAACACCAGAUUUUAUUUUUUAAAUUUUAGCAAUAUCAUUUUAAAUAUUAGCCAGUACACUGCCUAUGGAUGCAGCACAUCUUUCCCUGUACUCCCUUAGAGACCUGCUGUUCGUUAAUAAGAAGAAAAGUGGAAUUGCUUUUCCCAGGAAAUGCUGCACAUUGUCCAUUUACCAGCAUCUUAUAGAAAGUAUAAAUAUGAAUAUAUACAUUUUCUUAAAUUUAAUAAUGUAACUUAUAUUACCAUAAGGUUGGCUUAUUCCAAAUCAUGUGGUCUCACAUACUUGAUGUAAAGGAAUGCAUGCAUUGUGUCUUAACCCCUUAAGUGCCUUCAGAUGUCUGUAUGUCUAACGAAAAGGCACUCAUUUGACCCCAGUAGGAAGUAUGUAGGUAUAUUGUACAUUUACAUUUUUAUGCAUUUUGAAUCAGUUCACAUUUGAAAAUAACUUCUUGUUUGAGAGUUACACAGUCAAAGAAGGAUAAAGAAAUUCUGUUUCUCACUCAGUUCCUGUAUUUUGUCACAUGAAGCAAAGGUAAUUUGUCUUCUACUGAGUGAGCACUUUGCUGCUAUGGAAUUAAGUCUGCACAUUCCUUUCCUAACAGACAAGGGUUACAGUUUAGCAGCUCAAGUUAAGAGAUGUUUUAUUCUUAAAAUUUAAUAUUUAUUUUAUCCCUAACUUUAGAAAUGACAUCUAAUGUGCACAUUAAAGUUAAACAUAUUGAUACUCUAAGCUAAAGUUAGAGCAGUUAGUUGUGACAUUUCUAUCACUAACUCUUCAGCACUCAUUUCAGUUUGUGUCAAGUUUUGUUCACACUGGUCUGUUGGUCAGGAUACUUUGAACAAGGAAUGAAACAUUGACUUGUUUCUAAAUGUAAUCCCUCAGUAACUGAAGUGAGAGUUUUCUUGUCAUUUUUGUGUAUAAUUAAAUUACUCCAGUUUAUAUAUACUUAUUAAGUUAAAGCAUGUUAAUUCAUGGAGAAUUUUGACUUUUCUGCCUGAUAGAAAGAGGAUCUGAUUCCCUUUAAGGACAUAUAGAUUUUCCUCUUCAGAUUGGUUUUUUUUGUUUUAUUUUUUUUUUAAUCUAGAGAGAAAAGAACUUUAAAAUCACCCACUUUUAAUGUAAGUGGAAAUUUCUUACCUUUUGAAAUGUCGUAUUACAUAAUUAUUUUAUAUGGAUUAUGGUUGAAAUAGACUUUUACUAGUGGUUUCUGAAUAUUUCAGAAUAGUAUUGAUUAAAUUUAGAGUUGAAUAAUAGGUAUUUUGGAAUGCCAUUUAGUGUCGGGGGAGAAGUGUACAUUUUAAAAUCUUCAGUAUAAUCUAAAUGAUGUUAUUUCAAAUAUUCAAGAUCCAUAAUAAUAAAUUUUAAGAAGUUAAUUCCUAAAUAUUAAUAGCCGAGAUACCAAAUAAAUUAUUACAUUAAAAUGUUAAGUUUUUUUAAGAGGCAAGUAAACAUAACCUUUAUGUCAAAGAGAAAUUCUCUUACGUAUUACUGAAUUUCAUAGCCAAGACAGUGUGAGUAAAUAACUAGUUUUAUUUGAACAUUCCAUUCUUUACCAACAGAUGAGUGUAAUUUAGGCUGCUAUAUGACAUGACAGUAAGUUGAAAAGUGAAAAAAUAAAAUCAUAUCAGGGUCUACAUAAUUAACAACUGUUUUGGCAGUUUUCCACAUGAGUUAAAAAGAAAAUCUGUUCUGUGUGGAUAGAAUAUAACAACGACAGUUUUUUUCUUAAUAUGCAGUUGUAUAGAUAUAAACAGAUAAAUGGCAUACUAGCAUGUUCUUCAGCUUAGGGCUUUGUUUACACUUCUAGGUUAACUCUAAUAAUUUUUUGGCAUUGAGCACUGCUGCCUUUUUUAAUCGUUAAUGCCAGUCUUUAAAUGACAAUAUAUUAGAAGUUUAGGAUUAUAUUUAAAUUUCUCAUGUAUCAAUUUUUCACCUGGGAGUUACUCUCUGUCAGUAUUUUUAUGUAAAAAAGAUCCUUUUUUAAAGGCAUAUAUAGUGGGAUCUUAAAUUUAAAAUAAAUUUAUCCUUCACAACUUCUUAAAAUGAAUAAUGUUAAAUACGCUUCCCUGUUCAUGCAACAGAUAAGACUUUAUCCAUUACACUUAAGAAUUGUUUAACCUGUUUAUCAAUCUAUAUAGGAUUCUAGGAAUAAUCCUAUUUUUGGUACAUGAAGUAGUUCUAGAUUUCAUUCAUAUCAAUAUAAUAUUGUGUGAUAAAAAUGCCAAAUUUCUUGUAUCUAAACUACUCUCUCCCUCCCCUUCCCCCCCUUCUCUGUCUCUUUCUCUCUCAAUGCUGACUGUUACUCUCACAAGUGGAAAUAGAUAUUGGUGAAUCGACUUUUGUAAAUGCUAAGAAAUGAUUGUGAAAACCUUUCUAAUUUAUUAUAGUUUUACUAUGUUUGUUUCCAAUGUUUGAUUGGGCAUCUGAUUUGAGUCAGCAUGGCAUACAUAGGAGGAGGAAUAUUUUGGAAUAGACUUUACAUUCACAAGAAGAAUUAGUAGUAGUUGUUAAACCAGUGCAUUCAUUCAAAAUAGAGGCAGAGUAACAGCAUAAGAAAUAAUUUCCUUUGUUUUGGCCUGCUAGCACAAGUAGGGGGGAGGGAAAAGGUUGAUCAUUUUGAUUAAGAGUAAAGAGAAAAUUUAUAUAUAAAAACUGGUUUAAAAUGUAUAAAGAUAUGUUAAACCAUUAAGACAGUUGCCUGGUCUUUUCCAGUACCAAUAUUACACAUAGAGACACUUUUGUGUGUUUAUAUAUUUGUGCUUCACAAAAGCUAAUGCUAACAGAAGUAAAGGAUUGCUAUUUUAAGUAUAGAGCUUUUUAUAAUUUGUUGAUGGAUCUAACGAGGUUUAAUCAGGUAUUUGGGCAAAAUUCUCCUGUUUUUAUUAGCAGCACUAUAACUUCAGAGCUAGAAGGAACUUGAAAGAUUUUUAUCUAAUCUCACUUUCUAUUAUCUUAGACAAAAUAUAUGUGAUCAUCAUAAGUUCACAAGAAUUUUAGUCUGUUUCAGCUCAAGAAUUACACUCAGGCAGUUAUUUCAAUUCAAUAACUAUGAUGACCUUAGAAGAUGUCACUUAAUUUAGAAAAUAAGUAGACUUUUUAAAGUAAUCCUAAUUAGAACCUUGACUCGGUUUGUAAGCCAUGCUUCCUUGACAGAUCAUAAGCUUUUGGGAGGUAUUUAAGCUGAUAUACUUGCAGUGUGAAAACAUUCUAAAGUGCAAAUUAGAAGACUAAUUUUUAAAAGCACUUAACAUGAAAGUAAGAUUUAAAAUACAUGUCCACUAGUAAUCAAUUUAUGUUCAUAAUGUGAACAUGUAGUAGAAUUACAGCAUUACUUGUUUUAUAAUCUUAUCAGGAAGAGAGAAGGAAACAAGAAUUUUUAACAAUGUUCUAUUUGACAUCUGUGUUUUGAAUAUUUAAAAUACUCUGAUGGUAAGUUUGCCAAAGUAGAUUUGAAUUCAUAAAAAUUAUACCAUAAUAAUGUGGGAUAUGUUUACAUCUCUUUUACUUUGUUAUAAUUAAUAUGUAGUUCAGGUUAAUUUGCAUUUAAGUAAUUUAGAAUAAAUGCACUAUGGUAAAAUUUGUUGGAAUAAACAUGUCUUAAUAACAUGAUAAAUUACACCACAGUGUGCUUUUAUGCCACAUCAACUAUAUUAGCAUUGCUUGCUUCCCACAUUUGCUUCAGCUAUCCAACCACAGUUUCUGCAAGCAUUGCUUUGUGUUUUCUUUCCAAGUAAAGUGGCUGUUAUUGAAACUGACUGGAUUAAUUUCAUCAAAUAUCAGAAUUACUGAUCUGUUGGUAAAGAUUUACUGGUGCCUCAGUGUGAUCACAACAUAAUUUUAGCAACCACUUUAUAAAAUUUUUUGAGAAUCAUACAGAUACAAAUACAUUUAAAUAAGAUAACAUUUUAGGACUGUUAGUAGAUAAUUUUAGCAAGUUUAUGAAGAGCCUAUGAAAUUAACCUCUAAGUUGUAUUUUUAGGUGUUCAAUUUACUUUACAAUGUCUGCAGCAAUUACCAAUACACUUUUUUAUUGUAUACAGAUAUCAUUCUUAGUAGCAAUUCAAUAAGCUUUUCAAUGUUUUCAAGAAAAAGCAUGCCCUAUUUCAGGCAGAAUUGAGACAUUUAAUUUUCAUCAUCUUGGUGAAGUUGUCAUAGGCAGACACCAAAUUGUUAUUUGUUUCCUAUCUAAAUUUGCUGCUAUUUAUUUCUGUUUUUCAAUGGCAGCUUACUCUGUUUCUAAAGUUUUAUAUUCAUUGUUUUUAUUUUAGUAAUGCAAGCUAAAUGGGCAGCCAAAAGUAGUAUCUACCAGGGUGCAGUUCAUCAACAUUGACUAGAUAGGUUCAUUGCAUAAAUAAGUAAAUUGACUUUUUUAAUUUACUAAGUGAAAGUUAUUAGCAAUAUUGCAAGUUAAAGACUACAAUUUUAGGAGGAAGUCCUAAUGUUUAACUUCCUAAAACCUUUUAAAAUUUCAACUGUAAGAGUGAAAAUGUUUUAAAGCCUUGUAGUGCUCAUAAAAGUUUCAGUUAAACACUG